AUGAUUUCCAGAACCUUCUGGAAAUUCUCUAUUCUACUUUUAUUUAUACCAACUAUUGAAGCAUGUCAUCCGCAAUUUCAGAAAGAGUUACGGUAUUUAGAUUUAUAUCUCGGAAUAAAACCAGAUAACAAUGGAGAAAUUCCAGUUGAAGAAGCCGUUGGUUUUGCCACUUAUAUUGAGUCACCUGAUGAGUUGAAUUGUGAUUUUGAAACAGAAUGUUUAUGGAGAAAUGCUCCAACUGAUAACCUGUUGGAUACAAGUGAUUGGUGGUAUUUCAAGAAAAGCGAUGAAAAAACGUUCCCAGUCCAAAUUCAACCAGGAAAUCCGAGUAUUCCGAAAGGAGAACACUUCAUAAUUGCUGGAAACACAACAAAAAAUGCGAACGGAGCAGUGAUAAGCAGUGCUCCGAUUGCGUGUCAAAAGGGAUUCGCUAAUUUAACUUUCAGUUUUUGGUUGUAUAAUAAUGCUCAAGUUGAAGUCAUAAUUCUGCGUGCAAUGAAUCGAAGAAGACAUUUACAAGUACUGAUGAGACCGAAGAUGAAAUGUGAUUUUUUGGGAGCAGCGAAUGAAGAAUGUCGAGUGGAAAUCCCUCCGAUAAAAGAACCAUUUCGAAUUGGUAUUCGAGCAUUCGAUCUGAAGGAUAACACUGUUGGAAGUCUUGCAAUUAUAGAUCAUAUCAGAUAUCAUGGAAAGAUUUGUCAGCAAUCUCCAUUUCCAUCAUCAUUUUCUUCACUUCGAAUCCCUCCAUAUGAUAACAGUCCACUCGUUCGAAUGACUGAUCUCAGUUGUGAAAGGCCAUUGAGGUCUUGUCGAUGGGGAAAUAUGGCAAAAUCUAUAUUAAGUGAAUGGAGAGUUGGUAGAUCAAUUGACAGAUGGGUGGAUAUGUUCGAAAUAACUGCAAAUCAAUCGCAUCCGAACUCUUCUUUCCUAUUUCUUGCUGUUGAUUCGUUCUCUCCUCGACCGUAUUCCAGUCUUACAAGUCAAGUUAUUCCAUGUUCACAAAGAACAACGAGUCUUUCUCUAAAAUAUUGGAUGAAAACUGGAACACAAGCUGAAAUAUGUGCAGUUGAUGAAGAUGGAGUUGCAUUGAGUUGUGCAUAUCUUGAACCAAAUGAUAGCCCAGGACCGAUUACAAUUGAUCUUGACUCCUAUUCACAACCAUUUAAAUUCACUGUCGGAAUAAUUGCAUUCGAUGAGAGCACAUUUGGACUACUUGCUAUUUCUGAACUUAAAGUUCUCGGACUCCUUUGUACGGAACCUGCUCCACCAAUUGUCACAACUAUCAGCCCACCGAUUAUCCAACACAUAUUUGGUCUCCAACCUGGAAAUGGUCGUUAUGUUCCAUAUGAUUUAUCCCUCAAUUGCGACUUCACAAAGGAUUACUGUAGUCAAUGGGUCAAUUACGAUGGAGUUGUCAAAUAUGGAGUGAUGCCACGUGAUUCUGAUGUGUUUCCAAUUCCAAAAGGAGUCAAAGGAAACGUUGCAGUCUUCUUAAUGCAAAAUGCGACAGUAUCCAAUUUGAGAUCUAGAAUGGUUCCGUGCUCGUAUAAUGGAAGAAUCGAUGUUGAGUAUAUGAGAUCAGAAGACGCUCAAGUCAGAAUAUGCGCCCUCGAACAAUGUGUAGACGGGAAUCAAACCAAUGGAAAAAUCUCAAUUGGAGUCUCAUCGACAACUCCAUUUUAUGUUUCAAUCGAAGCUUCUUCGCGAGAUGAUGCUGUAGUUUUAAUCAAUAAAAUUUCCACUUCUGGAGAUUUUUGUCCGUUGAAAACAGCCGAACAAACUGUAUGCGAUCAGUUAAUUUGCAACUUCAAAGACACAUUUUGUAAUUAUGAGACAAUUGUUGAAAAAGCAGGAGAUGUUCCUGUAUUGAAGACAGCGAACGGAGCGAGUGUAACGUUAAACGGAGGAGGAAUUCGUGCAGUUCUUCUCAGUCCGACAUUUGAUCUUGCAUAUCCAUCCAUUUUAACUAUAACUCUUUCUCAAUCAACGUUUGGUUCGCGUGUUCUUUUAUGUCCAGAUGUCACAAGUGAUCCUACUUUAUGUCACGAAUUGAGUGGACCUCGAGUACUUGAUUCAUCAGAUAAACAGGUGAUGUUCCCACUGGAUAUUGGUGCUCGUUCAUUCUCACUUGUCCUUCUUCAUGAUAAAUCUAUUGAAUUCGGUCCAGCUAUAUUCAAUAUAAAAUCAAUGGAACUUCGGACUGUAAACAAUGAAGAAAUGUGCUACUGA